AUGAUAACUGUUUUUUUAUUUAUAAUUUUAUUAAAUAAUUAUUUUACCAUUGAAGAUUAUAUAACAAAAAAAAAUUUUAAAAGAUCUGUAGACCAAAUAAAUAAUUUUGUACUAAAUUUUCCAGAAAUAUCUGGUUCAAAAAUAAAUAUUAGAAAAAAAAGAAAAAUUAUAACAACUACCAAUUCUAAAUGGCCAUUACCAAUAUUUUAUUACUUCGAAUCACCUGUAGAUUCUGAUGCCGUUAAAAAUGUAGUACAACUAAUUGAAAGAGUAACAUGUAUUAAAUUUCGAAAAAGAAGAUCUUUUCCUUUUUUUUUACCAGGUAUUCAUUUUAAAUAUACAGGAAAAUGUUCAAGUGCCAUAGGAAACAUCCAUAGAAACGUGUGGCAAGAUAUAGAAAUUGGACCAAGAUGUAAUAAUUUUGGAGGAAUGUUACACGAAACUUUACAUGCAUUAGGUUUAUAUAAUGAACAAUGUCGAUUUGAUAGAGAUUUUUUUGUAAAAAUAUAUAAACAAUACAUGUUUAAAAAUGAGACUGUAAGUUGUAUAAAACAUACUGCUUAUGAAGCUUUUCAUUAUCAUUUAUCAUAUGAUUAUGGUUCAAUAAUGCAUGCUGCUGUAAAUGCAUAUGCUAUAGGUAAUUUAAAAACAAUAAUACCAACUGAUCCUUUAUAUGAAGCAACUAUGGGACAAACUCAAAGACUUUCUUUUAUUGAUAUUAAAGCUUUAAAUUUACACUAUUGUACUCAUCCAAAUUGUCCAUUCAAAAGAAUUUGCUAUAAUUACGGAUACCAAGACCCAAAAAAUUGUCAUUUGUGUAAAUGUAUUGAUGGAUUUAUGGGUACACGAUGUGAGCAGUUCAAAACAAGACAAGCAGGUUGUUGGAAAGCUUUAAUAUUUCCAGAUCGUACACCUAAAUUAUUUAUAUUAAAAGGAAUAAAAAAAUGUGUUAUACAUUUUAUAGUUAAUAAAACAAGUAGAAUUAAAUUUAAUAUUGUAAAAGUGCAUAUGCUUCCCAAUACUUAUCCAACUUGUCAAUAUGAAAACACUAUAGAAGUAAAAUAUUGGAUGGAUAAAUCUGUAACAGGAGCAAGAUUUUGUCUUCAAACAGAAAAUAAGAUAAUUUUUUCACAUAACAAUCAUAUAAUGUUUCAUUACAGAAGUACACAAAAAAAAAAUUUUGCUAAAUUAUAUUAUAAUGAAGUAUAA